GGGAAGCGCGCCGGCUGCUGCGCCGAGGCAGAUACAGGAAAUGCGACGGCUCGAUUUUUCCUUGUUAUUCUUCUUUCUAUCAAAAACACACGUCCGAUAGAAUAUUAAUAAUGCUUGGCUGGCUCAUUAAAUUGCGUAUUAAUUACGCAGCGAGUUGUGUCGCUGUUGAUAAUUACGUGCGUGUGCAAACGCGGGGACAAACAGAAAGAGAUAUGAAUAAAUUUUAUAUAAGCAGCACGCCGAGCGAGAGAUGUGUAUCGAGAGCGUAAUGGAGCGCGAUAGGUGCCGCUGGAGACAGGUUUGCUAUUCCCCCGCGAGACAAUCUCGAUGCGUUCAUUAGUGUGUGUGUAUGAGAGGAGCAUAAUUAGCUGCGACUGCAAAGGUUAAAUUGCGAGCGAUGUUGAAAGUGAGAGGCCAGGGAAAAUUUCCUAUCCGUUUGCGGUCAUUCCGCAGGAUGUGACACUUCUAAUUGUAAGCACCGGGAGUUUGACGACAAUGCUCUCAUCUCGUAUUGUGAUGUUGCUGGUGGCCGCCAUGUUUCUGCCCAGCUGCACUGCCAAUAAAUCAACUAAGCAGGCUGAAAACUAUUUGCUAGACAUGUUAAGUUUAAGUAAAAGGCCGCGGCCGGAUCGAUCGAAGAUCAUCAUCCCAGACAAGAUGAUUCAGAUGUACAAAGCGCAAACUGGUCUUCAGUUGGACACAAAUAUGCUCGUCGUUCCUGGCAGGAAGAAUAUGGGGUCUGCAAAUACGAUUAAGAGCUACACGAUUGAAGAAAGUAGAUCGAACCAUUUGUCCCCAAAGGACCAACACCUGGUCCAUCUAUAUUUCGACGUGAAGGAGCUACCUGAGAGAGAGACGUUUCAGGCUGCUGAGUUGAUUCUAAGUCGAACGAAAUUGUGGAAUGCACCGGUCAAACGACGAUAUGUGCACGUGACGGUCAGCGAUAUCACGCAGCAAUUAACUGCCCUCGACGAGAGCAGUACGAUCUCGAGGAUCUUGGACUCAAAAAUGGUACACGCUAUGGACAAUUCCUCCAUAUCGUUGGACAUCAGCCAGGCGGUGGAGAGAUGGACUCAAAACCCGAGCGAAAACUAUGGUCUCCUGGUCAAAGUGGUCGCUCAUAAAAAGCAGAGUCGAAUUAACAACAUUAGACUAAAGAAGAGAGUCAAAGAAGGCCCGAGGAACCCCGAGUGGCUCAAGGAGCAGCCGCUCAUGCUGUUGUACACUGACGACUCAAAACACAGUAUCAGCCGGACGAAACGAAGCGCCGAGUCUACCAAUAAGAGCAAGUCCAAGCAUGGGGUCAGGGAAACUUGUCGACGCCACAAUCUUUAUGUUAACUUUGAGCAUGUGGGCUGGAACGACUGGAUCGUGGCACCGCCGGGCUACGACGCGUUCUUCUGUUCAGGAGCGUGUCCUAGCACGCUGUCAGCGCACCACAACAGCACCAACCACGCGGUUAUCCAGAACAUGAUGCAUUUGAUCCAUAUCAAAAUCCCCGCGCCAUGCUGUGUGCCCACUGAGCUUUCGUCCAUCUCGAUGCUCUACCUGGAUGAGGACGGCAAGGUUGUGCUCAAAAAUUACAAAGACAUGGCGGUGAUAGGAUGUGGAUGCAGAUAGUGCCCCGCCCACCCCCCAAGUGACGUUUUCUAACGACCCAUGCUCUGUGAUUCAUUAGUUUUAAGGCUAUAGAUGCGCUCGCCCCAUGGCUGUGAGCCAGUAUAUGUGGACUCUUAAAUCGCCAGUUGCGCAUCAGACAGAUUAAGUGUUUUGUCGCUGCGUGCCCACCGUUUGCCACAUCGUGGUGUCAAAAGGCUCUGCUCGAGGAGGCCUAUUGUUCUUAAGGUUUAAUAUCAACAUUCUUUUUAAAAUUUUCUCCACACAAAAUCAUAAUUAUUUUAUUUUACUGUCGUCAUUGAUUCCCCGCAGGUUUUUAUUUAUUAUUUUUUGGUAGGGGGAUUAAUAGCUUGAUUGAGAUUGGUCAAGAGAGAAUUUUAUUUUCCUCGUCUGUCCUCUUCCUAUUUGGGAGUAGAAAUGCACUUUCUUAAACUUCGAUAGUUGCAGAUUCAGGAUGAAAAUGCAAAAGAGCCGCCCUCCCGCUUAGGAGUUACCCUGUAUUCACUCAAUCUUUGCAAAGGCCCAAAGAGGACAAGGUCACUCUUAAUUGGCGGCUAAAAGGAUCUCAUUGAAAUUCUGUGCCAAUUGCACCCAAACUAUUUCAUAUAUUUUUUAUCAAGUAAUUUGAUUUUGAUCACACAAGAACUCCGAACACAGUAUCAAAUUUAUUUGGUAUAAAUGAACUCCUACCAGAAGAUACGAAAUCAUUUUCAGAAAAAGAAAGAAAAUAACCAUAUUAUUAGCCAUUUAUGCUAAUUUUUGCACAUUAACUCGUGAAAUUCAAAUUGUGGAAAUAUGUUAUUAGCAGAACAUUAAUUUUAAUUUUGAUAAUUCUGUUUAGGAGAUACUCAAAUGUGAAAGAUUUGUUUUUAAAAAAAACUUAUUAUUUAAUUCUUAAAACUAUCAAACAGUUUUUAUACAUUUUCACGUCGUCAAUCUUUUCUACUAGAACCAAAACGAAUGAUACAGUUCUUGGCUUUUUGCUCUUUAUCAACUCAGUUAAGAUCCUGUUUCCUUAACCUAAAUUGCUUUCAGUUCAGGUAGUUGUUUUGGAAUCAAAAGCGAAAACUGCAUAAUAAUUUUGAAAUUCAAAAUGAUGGAUGGAGCAAUUAUAAAAAGCGUCUAGAUUUUUAAUUUUUACUGGGAAAUAAAAAUAAAAUUAAACUGUGGUUAGUUGAAGGGUGUUUACGAUAAGAUUGAGGGUAAUUGUUACGAGAUUUCAUAAAAAAGUUGUUUCUCAUCUAAAAUUGGGUCGGGUUGUGAAGUAAUCAUAUUGAUAUUCCAAUUUUGAUAGGAAAUACAAUAAAAGUCAUAACAACAAUGAGCUUCACGUUUCUUUGGGUGCCGGUUUCCAGCAAUACUACAUACAUAUUAUACGCUAUUUAACUGAAACUUUCAGGGAAUACUUUUUCGAUGUUCUCAUCAACAUAUUAUGUAAUAAUCAGAAUGGGCGCAUUACUUCUAAAAUAGCGUUACAAUUACCCUCAUUCCUAUAAAUAACACUCAAACAAAAAUAAAAUUGUAAAUAAAUUUUGGGGAAACUUUUUUUGUUAUUGGACUUCGUAAAUCAUGCAUACAAAUUUUGAGUUGACUGUCAAAAAUGAAACCAACUUUUGUUGACACGCAUUGCUCCUUCCUUUGUCCUUAAAUGAUUGAAUUUAACGUUGAUAAUAAAACAAUGAGUUAUUGAUAUCAGGUAUGCAAAAGUCAUAGAUUGCCUAAUUUUACCCAUUUGAAAAUUUUCAAGUUGACCAAAAGGGAAAUUUUUGUUUUAUCUUGAGAUAAUAUCGGCAAGCAACUAAAAAUGUGCAUGAAUAUUCUAUUGUAAAAGUUCCCGCUGCUACACCGUUAUCAUUUGCAUCCGUUGCAAAUGUUGUUUAUUGGAGAGUCUGUAAAUCCAGACAGAGUUACAACUAUCAAAAUUGUCAUUUAUAUAUAUUAUCACUUGCAGAGCAUCUAAUUUAUGUUUUCUAAGAGUGUAUUUUUUAAUAAAGAGGCUUUAUUAUAAUAGUGGCGGCGGUGGGGCGCGGCACAGUGAGUAUAUCGAAUGGCUAAAAAUGUACCUGUGUUUUUUCAUUCCUAUUUAUUUUGAAUAAUGUUAGUUAAGAUUGCUGUAUAGUAUUCAACUCUUCGAUGACAAUCAAUAUAUUAGAAAAAAAAUGAUUUCACCAGUGUUUCUCACGAUAUUUAAAUUAUUCCCAUCUUUAUAAAAACCGAUCCAAUGUCAAUUUUAUUACAGAGAUUAAACCAUUUUCUUUUUGGCUCAUUGUGUCCGAGGAAAAUUUAACUGUUGUUUUAAAAUGUUCACUAUGGUAUAUAAUUUUGUACAUUUUUGUAUUAUGUGUAUAGAUCGAGCUGAAAUAUAAGCAAAAUACAAUAAAACAAAGAUAUUUCACUCACGAA